UAACCAAGGACUCUUUUUUGCCCUUCUCACACCUUUGAAGUGGGAGCCUCUUGAGGCAAGUCAGCAAGAAUGUGGCUCUUGCAGCCGAGGGUCUGGGGGGCCGCUGGGCUGCCCAAGGCGGAGGGGCUGCGACAAGCCCUGGUGGACUGAUAACUUUAAAAGGGCAUCUUCUGCUGGCUCCUCACUCAGCCGCUUUAUCGCUGCAAGUGACAGAAUGGGGAGGGUUCCGUCCCUCUUGCGUACUCGGGGAGCUGGGGGGCUAUAAAAAGAGGAGGCGCUGGGCAGCUGGGAGACAGGGACGGAUGAAGGCCAGGAGAGGGAAGCCAGAGGAGAGGGACGAGAGGCAGCAAGCAUCGGAUCGCUCCUUGGCCAACGCCAGCAUGGCCUCCCUCUCCACCAUCACCGUGGGCUUCCUCCUCUUCCUGGCGUUUCAGCUCCCAGGUCAAUCUGAAGCUAAUCCCGUGUACAACGCCGUGUCCAACGCAGACCUGAUGGAUUUCAAGAAUUUGCUGGACCAUUUGGAGGACAAGAUGCCUUUAGAAGAUGAGGCUGUGCCCCUGCAAGCUCUAAGCGAGCAGAACGAUGAAGCUGGAGCAGCUCUCGGCCCUCUCCCCGAGGUGCCUCCCUGGGCCGGGGACGUCAGCCCAGCCCAGAGAGAUGGGGGUGCCCUCGGGCGGGGCCCCUGGGACUCCUCCGACAGAUCCGCCCUCCUGAAAAGCAAGUUGAGGGCGCUGCUCGCUGCCCCUCGGAGCCUGCGGAGGUCCAGCUGCUUUGGGGGCAGGAUUGACAGGAUUGGAGCCCAGAGUGGACUGGGCUGCAACAGCUUCCGGUACCGGAGAUAACAGCCAAGGAGGAAAAGGUGGGCCAGGGCCCGGGCAGACGGCGAGAGACUCAUCCCCUGGGCUCUCUCACGCGACUUUGUCUCAUCCCGUUGCCAUCAAGCCGAGUUGUGAUAAGCACCCAGUUCGAGCUGCAGCUUCCUGUCAACAUUUCUCACAUUUUAUGCUAAAUGUAGAUACAGUGGUCUCAUUGUGGCUUCCUGGCCUCUCCAACCCCAUGCAUUACAUUUUAGGGUAGACCCUCACCUGUUACUGAAAGCCGUUUGAAAAAUGAAUAAACUUCAGCACCAUGGACAGAAGACAAA